UACAGUAGGGGGCGCUACAAACCUUUACUGCCAGUCAGAACAAGAAGAAGAAGAGCUGGUUGUUUGUUUCUCUCGCGAGAUCUGACAACUGCUUUCGAAACAAGAUGAUGUAAAAACAAGAUGGCGUUUGCUGAAGACGUUAUUGUGGCUAUUGUAGUACUGUCUUCCUAAUUACUGCGUACAUGAACAAACAUAUGCUGUUCAACAGAGUAAACGUCGUCAAUAAUGUAUUGAUAUUCGGACACAUUAGUCUAAGUGCACUUUGCUGCUUCUCAUGGUAGCUUAGCUUGCUAGCUAGCUUAGCUUGUUGUUAGCUGCUAACAAAUAGACGCAGAAGUUAUCAACAUAUCGCUAAGCAGAGAUCAAGUGUGAGUGUAAAGUGUUGUGAUUGUGUGAAAAUGUGCGAACGAACGAUAGCAGAGUACGAGGAGGAACUGUUUCGAACAAAAGAGGAGAAGGAGGAACAACAUCAACUACUGGACGCCUAUUACAGGAAACAUCAUCAAGUGGUGUUACACAGAACAGGUUGUGUUCACCUGACGUCACGUCCGGUGUUCUGGCAAAGAGUGCUCCCCUUUGGAAAUAUACGCUCCCCCUGUAUCUGCGUAUGAAUCCAAGGAAUGCAAAAGCGUGCACUGCAUUACAACGUGCAUCGACUGAACCUUUCACCUCCAGCUUGCCUUGUACUUUGUGCCAAGCUCUCCAGCAUUUAUUUGAAACUUCACCUUCCCUUAACCACACCCACCUGUGAACCGCGUAAACCUUGGAGCAACCCGUGGGAGCAGGUUUUUAAUUACAUCUUUGACAGCAAAUAUCCAAAGGAUUUUGCCAAGCCUCAGAAGUCUGAGGAGAUCUUAUAAAAGCUUUACAAUCAAGGAUGGGCUAUCAAGGAAAGAGAGGAGGCCUGGAAGCUCUUUCUCGAGUUCCACUCUACGCCAAUCGGUGGACAUUCAGGAAGAGUCAAAACACAGCAUGCCAUUUGCUCAAGAUUUUACUGGUUUGGCAUGUGUGUGGAUAUUGACAAAUGGGUUACAGAACGUGACCAGUGUCAAUGCCAAUGCAAGCCUUUGGCAGCUGAAUUGCCUCUUCAAAAUAUAAAGGUCAAUUUCUGCCUUAAUCAAACCGCUUAUAACAAAUUAGUAGCUAAAUCAUUUUAUGGCAGGUGUCUGCUGUCUGGGAACUGUUAGGUAUCAAUCUGACAGGACCCUUGCCCAAAACUCCUGAUGGGUACCAAUAAAUUCUGACAGCAAUGGACUAUUUCUCAAAGUGUGCUCAUUUAUUUAUAGACAUGGCUGCCCAAUAUAUGGUCAGAUCGAGGCUGAGAAUUUGUCAAUGAGGAUGAAUUGAGUCAGACUUCAGUGGGCCUUACAAAAUUGGGGAAAUAAAAGGUAAAACUGUCUCCUUAUUCAAUUCAGCAAGGGCCAUACUUAAACCAACAUGUAGUGUGGAUCACCUAAAACCUUACAAGCAAACUAAAUCAAUGGCAGAUACCACUCCACACGAACACCCACAAAAAGAGGAGGCCACUGAGGGAAAAUCUGUCAGGCCUUCGGUCAUUGUGAAUGCACCCCAAAGCUAGACAUCUGUGAAGAACAUCUCCCUGAGCAGCAGGAGUGGCCCUCCAGGAUGGAACAAGAUAAGACACAUCCCCCCCACUUUAAAGAGGAAGCGCAGGAGCUACAGCCCCCCGACAUUAAAGAGGAGGAGGAGUCUCGGCCACCGCACUUUAAAGAGGAAGACGAGGAACACAGCAUCAGUCAGGAGAGAGAGUAUCUUGAAAAACUGGAGGAGGUUGAUGUCACCAAGAUGGCAGUGAUUGGUGUGAUUGUGAAGAGUGAAGAUGAUGAGGUCAAAGGUGAAAGUGAAGAGAAGAGAGAGGUGGACCCUCCAAGCAGCAGCUCAACUCAACACAUGACAACAGAAGCUGAUGGAGACCACUGUGGAGGAUCACAAGCAGACAAGAUCUUAGCUCCACUAUCAGAUAGUGACGACACAACGUCACACUCUCCUGACACUGAUGAUGAAGACUCUAAAGCUGAUAAGACAUGUCACACUGACAACACACCCAUGACAUGUUCUCACUGUGACAAAACUUUUAGUCACUAUAGUGAUCUGAAAAGACACAUGAGAAUACACACUGGAGAAAAACCUUUUAUCUGUUCAGUUUGUGCUAAAGGUUUUAUACAAAAUAGUGAUUUGAAAAUACAUAUGAGAAUACACACUGGGGAAAAACCUUUUAUCUGUUCAGUCUGUGCUAAAGGUUUUGGCCUAAAACAAAAUUUGAAAGUACACAUGAGAAUACACACUGGUGAGAAACAUUUUAUGUGUUCAAUCUGUGGUAAAAGUUUCUUACAAAAUAAAUAUUUAAAUGUACAUAUGAGAUCACACACUGGAGAAAAAACAUUUAUGUGUCCAGUGUGUGGUAAAAGAUUUUCUCACAAGCAUCAUUUAAAAGUACACACAAGAGUACACACAGGAGAAACACCUUUUUCAUGUUCAAUAUGUGGUAAAGGUUGUAUACAAAGUACAGAUUUGAAAAAACACAUGAGAAUACACACUGGUGAAAAACCUUUUAUCUGUUCAGUCUGUGGUAAAGGAUUUGGCCUAAAUCAAAAUUUGAAAGUACACAUGAGAACGCACACUGGAGAAAAAACAUAAUCUUGUUCAAGCUGCAACAAAAGCUUUUAUGACCGAUCAGCACUGGUAGUACACACACAGGUCUAAAACCUUUUAUCUGCUCAGUCUGUGGUAAAUGUUUUAUACAAAAUGGCGAUUUGAAUAGACACAAGAAGACACACAAGUGACAAAAUGUUGUGUUGCAGUGUGUGUGUGGUGAAAGAUUCUCUUAUAAGUGUAGGAAACACAAAUGUGCUGGUGAGAACAGCAGCAGCACAAUCUUGUUAAUAUUCUUUUACAAUUUAUAGAUUACAUAUCUUUUUCAUUAGAGCUUUUAUCCGCCAUAA